AUGUCUUACCUCAUUGGAUUAAUCUUUUUAUCGAGCUGGACAGCUGUAGCUGUUACGUUUCCUUAUAAUACCUUUGCGAAGGCGUCAAAAGUUGAAUUUGAGUCAUCUGGCAGUGGACCAGAUGAACCCGUCCGGGGAAUAGUGAAAGUUGUGCGGAUGGAUCCUCGUGUCCUGGCCCAGUCACGCUUCCUCAGAAGUGGACUGACCCUUAGAAGAGCCCACAGCUCCAAAGUGCCUUUCCCUGCCUUCCUGUCUCAUGGGCGUCCAGGUCCAGCCCUCAAUGCCCCUGUGAGUCCACUGCACAACCUGCGCCCAAAAAACCCUCCUGAGAUGGAGCUAAAGAAGCAGGGAUUGCAGAUGUGGCAGAGAGCCUUAGAUAAAGGAGGGAAGAUAGCGCUGCCCAUCAACCUGAAGGACACCAAACAGGCUUGCACUGCAGUACCAUUCACUCAGCAUGUGACAGCAGAUGGAUGCGAAACAGUAACAGUGCACAACAAGCUGUGUUUCGGCCAGUGCAGCUCCCUCUUUGUCCCCUCUGAAGGGGAGUUUGCCGUCCUGAGUCCUGGUACGGAGGCCUUGCAGCGCCGGGCCCCCUGCUCCCGCUGCGCCCCAUUCAAAGCUCACACCGUCAGUGUGCCUCUGCGCUGUGGAGCUGAGCUCCGGGAGAGGAGACUGAUGGUGGUGGAGGACUGCAAGUGUGAGAUGAGCCGUGACAAAAGGAGUGCUGAGGUUGCAGCUAACACACACCUGUAA